AUGUUGAAAUGUGUUUACAUGUGCGUUUUUGCUAUGUUUUGUGCUUAUUGCAGCUUUGUUUUCCAGUAACCCCCCAGCAUGUUAUCCUAUGUGUCCAUCCCCGGCAUGUUAUCCUAUGUGUCCAUCCCUGGCGUGUUAUCCUAUGUGUCCAUCCCCGGCGUGUUAUCCUAUGUGUCCCAUCCCCGGCGUGUUAUCCUAUGUGUCCUCCCCGGCAUGUGUUAUGUGUCCCUACGUGUCCAUUCCUGGCAUGUAUCCUAUCCUGUGUGUCCAUCCCCGGCAUGUUAUCCUAUGUGUCCAUCCCCGGCAUGUUAUCCUAUGUGUCCAUCCCUGGCAUG